AUGGAUGAUAUUGAAAAUGUUAUAGAACAAGAAACAAAAAUUAAUAAUGUUGAACCAACUAUUGCUGAAGAAAUACAUGAAGAAAUAAUUGAGAAAGAAAAUCAAGAUGAAGAUAUAUUAUUAAAAGAAAAUCUUACAAAUGAAACAAUAACUAAUGUUCAUACAUUUCUUUUUGAUAUUUUAGCAUUUUUUUCUAAUUUUCAAUCAAGUCUAAUUGUUGAAUAUUGUCAAGAAACACAAAAUUGGAACUCAAUUCAACAUUUUCUUAAUGAUGAAAAUACUCAUAUUUUACCUAUAUUCUUUUGUGAUCCUCAAGAACGAUUUCGUUCUAGUAAACGAUCAAGUAUAAGUAAAUAUCUUUCAUGUGCAACAACAAAAAAAAAAGCCUACUUAAUUUAUAUAGUUCUACCACAGUUAAAUCAAUCAAUAAAAACUGAUGAAUCUUAUAUUGGAAUCGGAAUAGAUAAAUCAUUUGAAGAUGGUGGUGUAAUUUUUAUAAAACCAAAUACAAUAAAAUUAACAGAAAGAAAUUUUAAAAAUGAAUUAGUUAUUUUUUCUAUGAAUUUUGAUCAACAAAAUCUUGAUCUAAUGAUAAAUUUAGAAACAAUUUUAUUUAGUUAUUUACCAUCAAUAAAAAAAGCUGAUGAAUGGAAUAAAUUAUAUUUAUUUAAUAGAAAAACUGAUCAAAUUAAAUUAAAUUUAAUAUAUCAAAUUGAACAAAAUGCAAUUUUUUUUCGAACAAUACAUAAAUCAUUUAUUGAUUGUAUUCAAUUACAAAAAGUACCUAUACGUUUAAGACAUGAUACACAAGAAAUUAUUAAUCCAAAUUCACUUUUACGUUUUGUUCAAGAUACAGAAUUAGUUCAACAAACUGAAGAAACAAUUAUUGAAUGGAUAAAAGAAAUUGAUAAUUUUUAUCGAAAGAGUACAUUAGUUCGACAAAUAAUGUCUGAUUCAGGUCCAUUAAAUGAAAUAAAAUAUUGGAGAAAACAAGUCAUACAAUUAAAUCAUCUUAUAAAUCAACUUCGUUUACCUUCGAAUCGUGCUGUUAUUUAUUUACUUAAUAUUGCUGCAAGUCCACGUUCAAUUGAAUGGAGAGAAAUUGAUAAAAAAUUAACACUAUGUAUUAAUGAAGCACGUGAUCAUUAUAAAUUUUUAAUGAUUGUUGCUAAACAUAUUGGACCACUUUAUCGUAAUGAUCCGCGUGAAAUUCAAGAAAAUCUCAAUAAUCUUCUCAAUACUAUAGUUCUCAUUAAUUCAUGUUCAGAAUUUUAUUCCAAACCAGAAAAAAUUGCUGGUCUACUUGUUUCUAUAAAUAAUCAGAUGGUAAUUAGUUGUAAAAAUUAUUUAACUAACAAUCAUACAAUUGAUAUUCGAACACUUGAUAGAAAAGAAUUAUUAAAACGUAUUGAUUAUAUUCAUAAUUUAUAUCAAACUUAUCAUGAAAUAUUUAUAAAAAUAAAACAAAAAAUUGAAAAUCAUUAUUUAAAUAAAACAAAUGAUCAUCUUUCUGAACAUCAUUUAUUUGGUCAACUUGAUUUUCUAAGUCAACGUUUGACUAGUUUUCGUGAAAUAAUUGAAUCAUUUGAAAUCUAUUCUCUUCUAUCAAAAUCUCGAAUGGAUGGUCUUGAACAAAUAACUUCUAUUUAUAAUAAAAUUCAAACAGAAUUUUAUACAUUUAAAUUUAAUUUAUUCGAUUCAAAUGAUAAACAAUUUGAUUUAUUUUAUAAUAAAUUACAUCAUACACUUUCUGAUAUUGAUCAAAAACUUUAUCAAAUCUUAGAUAAAGAUCUUCAUCGUAUACUUCAUUCACCAUCACAUUAUUCUUAUAAUGCAUUAAAAUUACUUUUACGUUAUGAAAAUUUACAUAUACCAUUUUUUGAUUCAACUGAAUUCUUAAUUGAUAUUAUUCAAUGGUAUGAAAAAGAAGAACUUGAUAAAGUCAAAAUAAUUUAUAAUCAAUGUCGAAAUAUACCUACUAUUGAACGAGAUCAUCCACCGAUUAUUGGUCGUAUUCUAUGGGCAAGACGAAUGUAUAAACGUAUUCAAAUAUCUUAUAUUGAAUUUAUUAAACGUAUUGAAUUAAAAGAUCAUCCAAUAAUGAAAAAAAUUACAGAAAAUUUUCUUAUGAUUAUAAAUGGUUUUUCACUUUAUGAACUUUUAUAUCAUCGUCAUUGGUAUAAUACAUUAGGUGAUGUCGUCAAUCUAUUAUGUAAUCCACUUCUUAUUCGACAAAAUCUUAUUCGACAAUUAUAUAUUAAUUAUGAUCCAUUUAUUGAUACAAUUUUACAUGAAUGUGAAUUAUUAGCACGAUAUUCAAUAACAAUGCCUGAUUUAGGAUAUAAAUUAUUAUUAGAUAGAAAUAGAAUUCGAUUUUAUUAUGAAAGAUUAAAAAAAUUACUCAAAGAUUUUUCAAUUCUAUUAGCUAAAGCACAUCCAACUAGUUAUGAAUUAGUAGAAAAAGUAAUGGCACAAGUUGAUAAUACUCUUUCAAUUGGUUUAAAUCGUCUGAAUUGGUUAUCAAAAAAUUUCGAUGAAUUAUUUCUUCCAGCUGAAGAAAAAAUAUCCUUAAUGUCUGAUUUUCUUAGUCAAAUAUCUUCAUUAAUAAUUCAUCGUAUUGAAGAACCAUUAAAUGAAGUAUCUCGUUUUGAAAUUCUUGAAUUUCCUGAUGAUUCAAUUGAUUUUAAACAAUUUAUUAAUGAUAUUCGACAACAAAUUAUAUUUAAAGCUGAAAAACUUAAUUCACUUUCAAUGCAAAUUGAAUCAGCUGUUUUACAUGUUAUACAAAUGUUUUUUGAUAAAAUUGGUUAUAAAUCAAAACCAUUUGAACAAAAAAUUGGAGAUAUUGAUUUAAUGCAACUUUCAUCAAUGCAACGAUUAGCAAUACAAAUGUUUGUUCAAGAUCCAUCAAAAUCAAUAAAAAAAUCAAGAAAUCCAAAUCAAUUUAUUCUACAACCAUCAAAUGAAUGGGAACGUUUUAAUGAACUUUGUAAUGAAUUUCUUAGUUCAUUUGAAGCUCGUUUAAUUGAAGCAUUAACAUUAUGUGCUAAAAAUACAUUUGAAAUGAUUAAAACUCGAGCUAAUCCAACAUUAAUUCAAAUAAAAUCUCGAUUAAAAAAACUUCGAUUAUAUUCUCUUGAUACAGUCGAUGCAAAUAUCGAUAGAAAAGAUAAUAUCAUACAUCCAUUAAUAUUAACUAAUGUUGAAUUACAUUCUUCUAUUAUUAUAUUAAAUCCAAGUAUUGAUGAAAUUCAACAAUUAAUGCAUCAAUUAGUUAAUUAUGUUUUAAAUAUAUUUCAUGGUGUACGAAAAUGGGGUGAAGUACGACAUAUUGAUUGUAAACUUAUACAUAAUUAUCCAAUGCAUGAUUUUUCGGAUUUAUUACCAACAGAUGAAAAUUUAGAAAUAGAUAAAAUAUCUGAUAAUACAGAUGAAAAUUUAAGACAUAUUGAACAAGCCAAAACAUAUUAUAACACAAUAUCAAAUAAUAAAGAAUUAACUAAAUUAUAUCAAAAUAUUGGAACUUUUUUUGUAGAAAAUCAUGUUCGAUUCGAAAAAGAAUUAGAAGAAUAUUAUGAAUUUCGUGAUUUAUGGGAAAUGAAUAAGAUAAAUCAAGCAAAAAAAUUCAUUUUAGCUAAUCCAAGUUAUGCUGCUAUUCGAUCAAUAUUUUCUGAUUUUGAUGAUACACGAGAUUUAAUUAAACGAAUAUCGGAAUCAAAAGAUAUUGAUCCAUUUCGUUAUAUAACAAAUAAAUUAAAAACAAAUUUAUUUGAUGAAAUUCGACAACUUGAAUUAAUAUUUGCUAAAUAUAUUCGAAUACAUUAUAGAAUGAAAUUUAUGAGUAUUAAUGAUUUUUUUAAAAAAACUGAACCACGUUUAAAUCGACAAUUAAGAGAUCUUGAUGAUGUACGAUUUGUUAUUAAUGCACUUGAUACAUUAAAAGAAAAUUUUGUAUUUGUCGAUCAUACUAUUGAACCAUUAGAAGAAGUUUACAAUUUAUUUAAACGUUAUUCAAUUGAUAUUCCACAAGAAGAACAAAUGGCUAUUGAAAUGCUUCGUAGUACACAUGAACGUCUUCUUAAACGAGCUAAAUAUGUUACACAUGAUCUUGUUAAUACUCAACAAUCAUUUCUUGAUCGUUUUCUUAUUGAUAUAAAACAAUUUCAAACUGAUGUUACAGAUUUUGUCGAAGAUUAUGAUAAUAAUGGUCCAAUGAUUGAAGGUUUACCAGCUCAAGAAGCAAGUGAUCGUUUAACACAUUUUGAAUCACGUUUUAAUGAUUUAUGGAAACGUUAUGAAACAUUUGUUGCUGGUGAAGAAUUAUUUGGUUUAGAUAAAACUGAAUAUAUUCAUUUACAAACAAUUAAAAAACAACUUAAUUAUCUUAAACGUCUCUAUGGUCUUUAUAAUGAUGUUAUAAAUACCAUGGAAAUAUAUUAUGAAACAAAUUGGAAAGAUUUUCAUAUUGAUCAAAUUACAAAUGAAAUACAAGAAUUUCAAAAUAAAAUGAAAAAAUUACCAAAAGGUUUAAAAACAUGGCCAGCUUAUAGUGAAUUAAAGAAAAAAUUAGAUAAUUUUAAUGAAUGUUUACCAUUACUUGAAUUAUUAAUUAAUCCAGCUAUGCAGUCUCGUCAUUGGGAACGAAUAGAAAAAUUAGCUAAAAUUCAUAUACCACAUAAUGAUUCAUCUAUAUUUUCAUUAAAACAUGUUAUGAAUGUUCCAUUAAUAAAAUAUCGUGAAGAUAUUGAAGAUAUAUCAAUAACAGCACAAAAAGAACGUGAUAUUGAAUCCAAAUUAUUUUCUAUUGAACAUGAAUGGCGUCAACGUGAAUUUAAAUUUACAUCAUUUAAAAAUCGUGGUGAACUUCUAUUACGUGGACAAGAAACAUCAGAAAUACUAUCAGCUAUUGAUGAUUCAAAUUUAAUAUUAGCUGCAUUAGCAUCAAAUCGUUAUAAUAUAUUUUUUAAAAAUCAAAUACAAAAAUAUAUUGCUGAUUUAGCUAUAUGUGCUGAAAUAUUAACAAAAUGGAUGCAAGUACAAAAUUUAUGGAUUUAUUUAGAAGCAGUAUUUGUUGGUGGUGAUAUUGGUAAACAAAUGCCACAAGAAGCACGUCGUUUUGCUAAUGUAGACAAAACAUGGAUUAAAUUAAUUUCAAAAGCAAAAGAAAAUUCAAAUGUAUUAUCAUGUUGUACAUCAGAUGAAACAUUAUUUCCAUUAUUAAAUAAUAUGCUUGAACAAUUAGAACUUUGUCAAAAAAGUCUUGCUGGUUAUUUAGAAACAAAACGUGGUGUAUUUCCAAGAUUUUAUUUCUUAUCUGAUCCUGUUAUGCUUGAAAUACUUGGUCAAGCAUCAGAUCCAACUAAAAUUCAAUCAUAUCUUAGUUCAUUUACUGAAGCCGUUAAAUAUGUUGAAUUUCAUACUAAAGAAAUUGAUCGUAUUUUAUCUAUGACAACAAGAGAUGAUGAAAAAAUUCCAUUUUAUAAAGAUAUUAUAGCAAAAGGUCAAGUUGAAGAAUGGUUAAAUGAUUUUAUACGUACACAUCAAAAAACUAUUCAUCAAUAUAUUCGACAUAGUAUAGAAAAAAUGACUUAUGAAGAUUUUGAUUUAUAUAAAUUUAUUGAACAAGAAAUAGCACAAUUAGGUUUAUUAAUUGUUCAAAUUAUUUGGACAAAACGAAGUGAAAAAACAUUACAAGAAUCAAUAAUUAAUAAAAAUUCAAUGAAUGAAACAAAUAAAUAUUUCUUAGAUAUGCUUAAUCAAUUUAUUGAUAAAACAACUUUUGAUCUAACAAAAUAUCAAAGAUUAAAAUAUGAAACAUUAAUUACUAUUCAUCUUCAUCAACGUGAUAUUUUUCAAGAACUUUAUACAACAGGAAUACGAUCUGAUUUAGAUUUUGAUUGGGCUAAACAAUGUAGAUUUUAUUUUCGUGAAGAUGAAGAUUUACUUCUUGUAAAAAUUACUGAUGUUACUUUUAUAUAUGAUAAUGAAGCAUUAGGAUGUCCUGAAAGACUUGUUAUUACACCAUUAACUGAUCGAUGUUAUAUCUCUAUUGCACAAGCAUUAGCUAUGUCAUAUGGAGCAAGUCCUGCUGGGCCAGCUGGAACAGGCAAAACAGAAACAACUAAAGAUAUGGCUCGAACAUUAGGAAAAUAUUGUAUCGUACAAAAUUGUUCUGAUCAAUUUGAUUAUCGUGGUCUUGGUAAAACAUUUAAAGGUUUAGCAAUAAGUGGUUGUUGGGGAUGUUUUGAUGAAUUUAAUCGAAUAAAUUUACCUGUUCUAUCUGUCGCAGCACAACAAAUUCAAUGUUUAUUACAAGCAAAACGUGAACGACGUAAAGAAUUUCUUUUUACUGAUGGUGAUAAAAUUAUAUUAAAUGAUACAUUUGCUAUAAUAAUAACUAUGAAUCCUGGUUAUGCUGGUCGACAAGAAUUACCAGAAAAUUUAAAAAUUAAUUUUCGUAGUAUUGCUAUGAUGGUACCUGAUCGACAAAUAAUAAUGCGAGUUAAAUUAGCUAGUGGUGGAUUUUUAGAUAAUACAAAUCUUGCACAAAAAUUUUUUACACUUUAUAAAUGUUGUGAAGAUCAAUUGAGUAAACAAGUUCAUUAUGAUUAUGGUUUACGAAAUAUAACAGCUGUUCUUCGAACACUUGGAACAGUUAAACGUAGUCGAUCAAAAGAUUCUGAAGAUACAAAUCGAUUACAGCAUCUCAAAUAUGAAGCUUGGUGGAUUAUUCUUGAUGGUCCUGUUGAUGCUAUAUGGAUAGAAAAUCUUAAUUCUGUAUUAGAUGAUAAUAAAUUAUUAACAUUAGCAAAUGGUGAUCGUAUACCAAUGGCAUCGAAUGUUAAACUUAUAUUUGAAGUACAUAAUAUUGAUAAUGCAUCACCAGCAACAGUAUCACGUUGUGGAAUGAUAUUUAUGUCAUCAACAAUUCUUCCUUGGAGACCUAUAUUUCAAGCAUGGUUAAAUAAACAAAUAAAAACUAUUGGAAUUUAUAUAUUUGAAAUACUUGAAAAACAUUUUGAUGAAUUAUUUAAAUUAUUAAUUACAAAAUGUUUACCAAAAAUGAAAGUUUAUGAAUGUAAUUAUAUCAAACAAAUCAUUGAUUUACUUGAUGGAUUAUUGAAUAAAGAAAUCGAAUAUACGAAAACUUUUUUAGAACGAUUGACUAUAUUUGCACUUAUGUGGAGUAUGGGUUCACUAUUAGAAUUAAAUGAUCGAGCUAAACUUGAACAAUAUUUUAUUACUCAAAGCGAUAUUAAUAUUCCGAAGAAUAUACCACAAGGUGACUCAAUCUUUGAUUAUUUAGUUAAUGAUAAUGGUCAAUGGGAACAUUGGUCGACUCGUGUUGAAACAUGGGAAUAUCCAAAGGAUGAAAAAAUUGAUUUUGCAUCAAUUCUUGUUCCUAAUAUUGAUAAUGUUCGUAUAUCAUAUCUUAUUAAUAUACUUGCGAAACAAGAAAAAGCUGUAUUAUUAAUUGGUGAACCUGGUACGGCUAAAACUGUUAUAAUUACAAGUUAUUUAAAACAUUAUGAUAGUGAACAACAUUUAACACGUAUAAUAAAUUUUUCAUCAAUAACAACAAGUAGUUUAAUACAAAAAACAAUAGAAAAUUUUGUUGAUAAACGUGUAGCAAAUACAUUUGGUCCAUUAUAUGGACGUAAAAUGACAAUAUUUAUUGAUGAUAUUAAUAUGCCAAUGAUAAAUUCAUGGGGUGAUCAAGAAGCAAAUGAAAUACUUCGACAACUUAUUGAACAAAAAGGUUUUUAUUCAUUAAUUAAACCUGGUGAUUUUCUUAAUAUAAUUGAUUUACAAUUUCUUGCUGCUAUGUGUCAUCCAGGUGGUGGUCGUAAUGAUAUAUCUGAAAGAUUAAAACGUCAUUUUUUUAUUUUAAAUUGUACAUUACCAUCAAAUAAUGCUGUUGAUCAUAUAUUUAAUUCUAUUGGAAAAUAUUUUUGUUUAGAAAGAAAUUUUUCUAAUGAUAUUAUUGAAAUAGUUAAAAAAUCUAUUUCAGCAACACGUAUAUUAUGGCAAUUAGUUAAAGGAAAAUUUUUACCAACACCAGCUAAAUUUCAUUAUAUAUUUAAUUUAAGAGAUUUAUCACGUAUAUGGGAAGGUAUAUUACAAAUUGAUUCUGAACAAUGUCAAAAUGAUAUUGAACAAUAUCUUCAAUUAUGGAAACAUGAAUGUACAAGAGUAUUAGCUGAUCGAUUAGUAUUAAAUAUAGAAAAAGAAUGGUUUAGAAAAGAACAAUUUAGAAUUGCUAAACAAGCUUUUGGUGAUAUUUAUAAUAUUUCAAUACAAGAAGAUUCAGAAGUUUAUUUUGCUAAUUUUCUUCGUGAAGAACUGGAAGUCACUGAUGAAAUGGGUGAUGAUAUUGAUCUUGCUGAUUUAUUACCAAAAGUUUAUGAACCAAUUUCAUCAUGGGAUAUCUUACAAACAAAAUUAAUUGCUAGUAUGACAAAAAUGAAUGAAGAAAUUCGUGGUAGUAAUAUGGAUUUAGUAUUUUUUAAAGAUGCUAUGAUACAUUUAUUACGUAUUUCACGUGUAAUUAAUAUGCCAAAAGGACAUUUAUUAUUGGUUGGCGUUGGUGGUAGUGGAAAACAAUCUUUAACUAAAUUAGCAGCAUAUAUUGCAGGUUAUAAAUAUUUUCAAAUAAGUGUUUCAAGAACAUAUACAUUAAAUAAUUUUUUGGAUGAUUUACGAAAUAUUUAUCGACGUGCAGCUCGUCUUGGUCAAGGAAUUGUAUUUAUGUUUACUGAUAAUGAUAUAAAAGAUGAUCAAUUUCUUGAAUAUUUAAAUAAUGUUCUUAGUUCUGGAGAAGUUUCUGGUUUAAUAACACGUGAAGAAAUGGAUGAAACUUUAUCAGAAUUAUCAGUUAAAAUGAAAAAAGAAUAUCCAAAACGAUUAUUAACAAAUGAAAAUCUACAAAAUUAUUAUUAUGAAAGACUUCGUAAAAAUCUUCAUAUUGUUUUAUGUUUUUCUCCAGAUAAUCGAAAAUUUCGUGAACGUGCAUUAAAAUUUCCAGCUCUAGUAUCUGGUUGUACUAUUGAUUGGUUUCAUCGUUGGCCACUCGAUGCUCUUAUUGCUGUAUCAAAUGUUUAUUUAAAUCGUUUUGAUAUUCUUGUUACAUCAAAUACAAUAAAAAAGAAUGUUAUUGAAUUAAUGGCUGAUAUACAUGAUGAUGUUAGUCGAAUAUGUGAAAAUUAUUAUGAAAAAUUUCGACGACGUACAUAUGUAACACCAAAAUCAUUUCUAUCAUUUAUAAAUGCAUUUAAAUUAUAUUAUCAAAAACAACGUGAAUAUUUUGAAAAAGAAAAACAAAAAAUGAAAACUGGUGUUCAAAAAUUAUUUGAAGCAGCUGAACAAGUUCAAGAAAUUACACAAGAGUUAAUAUCUAAAGAAAAAAAUAUGGCUAUUGCUAAUAUGGAAGCAGCAAAACAAGUGGCCGAAAUGGAAGUAUUACGUAGUGCAGCUGAAAUCAAAACUAAAGAAGUUCAAGAAUCAAAAGAAACCGCUGAAAUACUUGUUAAACAAGUUAAUGAAGAAAAAGCUAUUGCUGAAGAAGAAUUAUCAGCUGCUGAAGUUAUUUUAAAAGAAGCCGAAGAAGCUGUUAAAAAACAUAAAUAUUAA